GUUUGAACCGACAACAAAUUCAAAGAGCUCUUCAUAUGACUUACAGUCUUCUUUUCUGCUAAUUGUACUUCGCGAUUUCGGUCGAAGUUGACAAUGAAGGGUUUUUCGAAAUGUGCGCGACUGAUGAGUGUUUCGAGUGCUCAGGCUCAAGAUGUGAUCAGCAGUGCUGAUAAACUUGUGGAAGCUGGAAGAGCUCGCCCUUAUCAGAGCAUUCCUGGACCGAAACCGCUGCCUUUCCUGGGCAAUACUUGGAGAUUCUUACCUCUAAUAGGCGACUACGAAAUAGAACACAUCGAUAAAGUAUCAGAAAAAUUGUACAAGGAAUACGGGAAAAUCGUUAAGUUAGAGGGACUUAUGGGCCGUCCUGACAUGCUGUUUGUUUUCGAUCCAGAUAACAUAGAACAGGUUUUUAGGCAAGAGGACAUCCUACCACACAGGCCCUCCAUGCCAUCCUUGAAUUAUUACAAACACGUACUGAGGAAGGAUUUUUUUGGAGAAUACGGGGGAGUUAUAGCGGUACAUGGAGAAAAAUGGCAGUCGUUCAGAUCAAAAGUCAACCAGAUCAUGCUUCAACCCAGAGUAGCAAAAAUGUAUGUGUCCUCAAUAUCUUCCACUGCCCAAGAAUUUGUCGACAGAUGUUACAUGAAAAUUCCAUCAAAAUUGAUUGGAUUCUUGUUUGUUUCAAGGAUUUGCAUGAAAUAUAUCAACAAGAGUUUGAAGCGAAACACUGAAGAUGUUCUUGAAAAUAACGAAAUAUCUAUUCUGCAAAGAAUACUACGAUUGGAAAACGAUCCAAAAAUCGCCACUAUACUAGCUUUGGACAUGUUCUUGGUUGGAAUUGAUACGACUUCUAACGCUGUCGCUUCAAUACUGUAUCAGCUCGCUGUCCAUCCAAAGAAGCAAGAAAAACUCAGAAAAGAAGUGUUUCGAGUAUUACCAAAUAUUAGUUCAGCUGUAACCCACGAGAAACUUGAGGAAAUGGUAUAUCUGAAGGCCUGUAUCAAAGAAACCAUGAGGAUGUAUCCUGUUGUAAUUGGCAAUGGUCGACAAACAAGUUGUGACACGGUAAUUGCAGGUUACCACAUACCUAAGGGUGUUCAAGUGAUUUUUCAACAUUACGUCAUCAGUAAUCUCGAGCAGUACUUUCCAAGAAGCAAAGAGUUUCUUCCAGAGCGUUGGCUAAAAUCAUGUCCGUUCUCCAAAGAACAACACCCUUUUGCAUCUUUACCUUUUGGAUUCGGCAAAAGGAUGUGUCUUGGGCGAAGAUUUGCCGACCUGGAAAUGCAGACAGCACUAGCGAAGUAUAAGGUCGAAUAUCAUCACGAAAAGUUGGACUACUUCGUCCAUCCAAUGUACACUCCAAAUGGGCCUUUGAAACUCAAGUUCAUCAAGCAUGGUAGCUGAUAGGAAUAGAUUUUAUUGAAAACUAUUUUGUCUGUGAUUAUUUUUAAAAAAAAGGAGACUGUGUAUACUUCAGCAAAACAUUUUAAUUAAGAUUAUCUCCUAGCAAAUAGUACUUACUCGAAUAAAUCUGAAUAUCUAAA